GGACAGGCCCGGGCCGCGGCGGCCUGACUUUGGUCGGAGCUCUGGCCGCGCCCCCGUGGGCGACUGAGGGGAGAGGAAAGAAGGGGAGGGACGGAAGGGCGGACUACGGGGAAGGGGGUGCUGGUCUUUCGUCUUCUAAUUCUUUUAAAAUAAGUUUGCGAUGAGUUUCUCGAAGGCGGGGGAAGUUUUUACCUCCCUAUGAGCUUCCCAGAGUACUUCCUUCGAGGUCCUCAGAACCCGGUUGUGUAUUGAACGCAGUAAAGAAUUCGGGUGCUGUGUUUACGUUUGGGAAAACUAAAUUUGCUGAAAAUAAUCCCAGCAAAUUCUGGUUUAAAAACGAUAUGCCUAUAUAUCUUUCAUGUGGAGAUGAACAUACUGCUAUUAUUACAGGAAAUAAUAAGCUUUUCAUGUUUGGCAGUAACAACUGGGGUCAGUUAGGAUUAGGAUCAAAAUCGACUGUUAACAAGCCAACGUGUGUCAAAGCUUUAAAGCUGGAAAAAAUGAAAUUUGCUGCCUGUGGAAGGAACCACACCCUAGUUUCAACAGAAGGAGGCAAAGUAUACGCCGCUGGAGGAAAUACUGAAGGACAGCUGGGACUUGGUGAUACUGAAGAGAGAAACACUUUUCAUCUAAUUAGUUUUUUUACAUCCCAGCAUAAGAUUAAACAACUCUCUGCUGGGUCUAACACUUCAGCUGCGCUGACUGAGGAUGGAGAGCUUUUCAUGUGGGGUGACAAUUCUGAGGGGCAAAUUGGUUUACAAAAUAUAACUAGUAUAUGUGUCCCUCAUCAAGUGACCAUUGGAAAACCUAUCUCCUGGAUCUCUUGUGGAUAUUACCAUUCAGCUUUUGUAACAACGGAGGGAGAACUGUACACCUUUGGAGAACCUGAGUAUGGGAAGUUAGGUCUUCCCGAAAAGCUGCUGAUCAAUCACAGAGUGCCCCAGCUGGUGCCUGGAAUUCCUCAGAAGGUGAUCCAAGUAGCUUGUGGUGGAGGGCACACAGUUGCGCUCACAGAGAAGGCCGUGUACACCUUUGGGCUGGGACAGUUUGGUCAACUGGGUCUUGGCACUUUUAUUUUUGAAACUUCAGAACCCAAAGCCGUUGAGAAUAUUAAGGAUAAGAAAAUAAGUUAUGUUUGCUGUGGAGAAAACCACACAGCUUUGAUAACAGAUUUAGGCCUUAUGUAUACUUUUGGAGACAGUCGACAUGGAAAAUUAGGACUUGGACUGGAGAGUUUUGCCAACCUGUUCGUUCCUACUUUGUGUUCUAAUUUUUUGAAGUUUAUAGUACAGUUGGUUGCUUGCGGUGGAUGUCACAUGCUAGUUUUUGCCACUCCACGACUUGAUGUGGCAGAAGACGUUGAGUUAGAUGAAAUAAAUGAUUGUUGCUUACCUUCAGCUACAUCUCUGCCCAUCAGUGAUCUGACUUCAGGAAACGUACUGCAGAGAUCUUUAUCAGCACGUGUGCGGCGAAGAGAGAGGGAGAAAUCCCCAGACUGUAUUCAAACGACAGGAACACUACCUCCAAUUGCAGGGACUCUCGUACCACCUGUUUGUUUUUCGCCUCAUUCAGUUCCUUUCUGUAUGUCUACAACUAAUCUGCUAGAGAAAAGGAUGCCUGAUAAAGAGGGCCCUAUGCUGCCAAUGGAACCAGAUUAUUUUCAACGUAAAAUAACCAAAGGGAAAGAGACAGACAAUUUUUCAGCAGAGGAUUCAGAAAGCCUUGGAGAAACUACUGAUGUCUUAAAUAUGACACAUAUGAUGAGCCUGAAUUCCAAUGAAAAAUCUUUAAAAUUAUCACCAGUUCAAAAACAAAAGAAACAAGAAACAAUUGAGAAACUGAAGCAGCAUACAGCUCAUACUGAAAAUGGCGGUAGUAAUGAAUAUGAAAGUGAAGAGAUGUCCAAAAAGAUGAAAGAAGGGAAAGCAUAUAAACAACUUUUAGCAAAAGGAAUGUACAUGAUGCAAGCAGCUGUGACUAUGGAAGCAUUUUCAGAUGAGGACGUACGUAACAACUCAGGCCAGCAAAGGCCUCAGGCCAACACCAGUGCAGAGAGUUUGCAAAAAGGGAUAUUUAGACAUGAAAAUAAGCAUGGUGUCUAUCCACUUAAGAGUAAGGAAAUAGAAAAGGAAAGUGAUGAAGGACAAAGUCAGAAGGAUUCAGAAGUGGAAAAAAUAGUCUCUGAGAAGGAAACUGGCCUGGUGAAAAUGACAGGUCUGAAUGAUAUAAGAAAAAGUGAAGAGAAUAGAAAAAAUAUUGAUACAUUCCUUGACGACUUACCAAAUAGAGACAUGAAUAUUGAGGAUGAAGAAAAUAAAAACUUUGUUAAGGAAAGUAAAAGUAACAAGCGAGAUAUGAUCUUUGACAGUGAAAGAGAAUCUAUGGAGGAGCCAGACAGUUACUUGGAAGGUGAUAGUGAAAGUCAGCAGGGUACAGCUGAUGGAUUCAAGCAGCCUGAGUCAAUAGAAUUUAGCAGUGGAGAGAAAGAGGAUGAAGUGGAAACUGACCAAAACUUGCGGUAUAGCAGAAAAUUUAUUGAACAAGGACAUGAGGAAGAGAUCGAACACAGAAUGUCCAAAUACAUGGCAAAAUAUGGUUUUAAGGGUGACCACAUAUCAGACACCCCAGAGGAGCAGGAAGGAGAAGAUGAUUCAGAAGGAAGUGGAAUAGAGGAGCAAGAGAUAGAGAUAAAUGAGGAGGUGCCUGGAGAAAAAGAGGAAGAGGAAGCAAAGUUCCUGUCAGAUGACCUUACAGACAGAGCAGAGGUGAGUGAAGGCGAGGGAAAGCCAGGGGGAGAGGCAGAGCACGUGCCUGAAGGUGGAGGCGAGGGAAUCGGGAAAGAGGGUAAUUCAGGAGUGGAACAGAGGAGUGGAACAGGAAGUGAGGAGGGGGAGGAGGAGAAAGACAAGGGAGGAGGAGAAAUGGAGAGCCUGAGUAAGGGAGAGGAAGACCUGAAAGAGGAGGAGGAAUGGGAGCAAAAGGAGAGGGAACAGGGCCAUCAGGAGGAAAGAAACAAAGGGCUGGAGGAAGGGGAAGGGAGCGAGCAAGCAGGGGGGGAAGGAGAGGAGGAGGAAGGCAAGGAGGAAGAGGGGGGAGAAGACAGAGAAGGAGAGGAGAAGAGAGAAGGGAAAGAGGAAGAAGAGAAAGGAGAGGGGGAGGAAGUAGAAGAAGGGGAGGGGCAGGAAAGAGAAGAGGAAGGGCAGGAAGAAGAGGGGGGAGAGGAGGAGGGAGAGGGAGGAGAGGAGGAGGUAGAUGAGCAGGAGGGAGAAGGGGGAGCGGAGGAGGGAGGAGAAGAAGGAGAGGAGGAGGAAGGAGAUGGGGACGGAGAGGGGGAAAGAGAGGGGGAGGAGGAAGGAGGAGAGGGAGAAGGAGAGGAGGAGGAGGGAGAGGGAGAAAGAGAAGAAGGAGAGGAGGAGGAAGGAGAUGGGGACGGAGAGGGGGAGGAGGAAGGAGGAGAGGGAGAAGGAGAGGAGGAGGAGGGAGAGGGAGAAAGAGAAGAAGGGGAGGAGGAGGAAGGGGAGGGGGAGGGGCAGGAAGCAGACAGGGAGGGAGAAGAGGAGGGGGAAGAAGGAGGAGAAGAGGAAGAAGAAGAGGGGGAGGAGGAAGGAGGAGAGGAGGAGGGAGAGGGGGAAGGAGAAGGGGAGGAGGAGGAAGGAGAGGAGGAGGGGGAGGGAGAAGAGGAGGGGGAAGAAGGAGGAGGAGAGGAAGAAGGAGAGGGGGAAGGAGAGGGGGAGGAGGGGGAAGGAGAGGGGGAGGAGGAGGAGGGGGAGGGGCAGGAAGCAGAGGGGGAGGGAGAAGAGGAGGGGGAAGAAGGAGGAGAAGAGGAAGAAGGAGAGGGGGAGGAGGGGGAAGGAGAGGAAGAGGGAGAGGGGGAAGUCAAGGAAAGGGAAAAGAAGGAGGGGGCAGCGAGGGAGAGGAAAGAGGAAGAAAACAGCAAGAAAGAAGGGGAGAAGGAAGAAGAGGAGGAUGAUGAGGAAGAGGAGGGAAAGUACCAGGAGAGAGGCAAUGAGGAAAGUGGAAGGCAGGGAAGACAGGGUGGAGGAAGAGAAUCCAGAAAAGGGAGCAAGAUGAGAGGAUCUGUGAAAUAUGACAAAGAUAAAACAUAUCCAAAAAAGUUUAUUACUAACAGGGAAGGAAAGGGGAAAGAGCAUGAAGUACAGAGGUUCAAAAUGCCAGUGCAGUCAAAACAACUCUCAGAAAAUGGGCCACCAGGUUCCAAAACAUUUUGGAAUAAUGUAUUACCACAUUAUUUGGAAUUGAAGUAACAAACUUUAAAUUGGACCUGAUUAUGUCCAGCCAAACAACUUGAACACAUUAUGAAGAAUAGGCACUCAUUCUGUUAUAUUGAUUUUAUGUCAUGGUUACCUUACCUGUGGUACAGUAGAAACUGAUAAAGAUAACUUGAGGCACUGGUAAAUUUUGGUUUCUCUUAAACUAAUAUUUUGGUGUAUUUUCCCCUGAAUUAUAAAUAUAUAAGUAGAAAAUAUCAAAAGAUCAUAGUAUAUAAUUAAUAUUAUUAUUCCUCAUUAAAGACAGUUUUAGGAAACGAGUAUAUUGUAAAAGUAUUUUGUGUAUACAAGUAAGUCCCUUUAAAUAUGGCACAGAUCUUUAAGGGUUAUAAAAACGUCUAAUUUCUUAUAACUAUGGUAGCAUAGUUUUUUCAGCCUGUGAUUACAGUUUCCCUACCGUAUAGAAUAAUUUUAUAAGAAUGGGUGGUAUUCUAAAGCUAAAAUGAGGAAUUCACAUUUUUUAAAAAAAUAGUGCUGUCUUUUUACCUUUUAUGUGUCCUUUUUGCAGCAAUCUACAAAGUGACAGCUGGGUUCAGAGCUUAGACUCUAAUGUCUCUUUUAGUUACUGUUUGGUAAAUGACAGAAUAUCUAAUGAAAUGGGGAUGAACGUAUAUUGUAAAAGUGUGAAAAACUUUAAGUAUUUAUUGCCAAGCAAAGCUACUCUUUGGGCUUCAGUUUCCUUAUCUGUAAAAUAGAAUGGAUUAGAUGAUAUGAUAACUGUAGCCCCUUGUAACUCUUAGGUUCUUUCAUUCUAACGUGUUUGUUAUUUGCAUAAGAAAAUUUUUUAAGGAAAAAAAUUAUACUUUACAAUUAAUCUAGUUUUCCAUGAAAUGUUCUUUACUCUUAAAAAAUUAUGACACCUUUAAUGUCUUUUGUCUUCCGUAAUUCUGUGCUUCUAAACUCCUAUCAUUUUGAGCUUUCACUGUACUGUCAGACCUUCAUUCCCAGUACUGCCAUUCCCAGUGUCUAUUACUUACCUUCAAUGUAUUCUUCAUUCACUCUUUUGUAAUUCUUUGUUUGCUGUUUGUCAGAAUGUUUCAAGUAAAAUAAAAAUUAAAUGUAUACAGUCAGUAGUUGUCUGUGAAAAGAGAAACUAAUAUUAGAUAUUGAAUUUUAGAGAGGCUAGAUUUCCACUAGAGUAAUUCCAUUGUAUGUAGUGCAGCUAGUUUGUUUCAUUAUUGUUUAUUCAUAGCUUUCCUUCCCCAGUCCUUUCUAUAUCUUAGACAUGAGGAAUUUCUUAUACUUACUUUUAUCAAGGAGGAUUGUGAUGGUAAACAUCCUAUGAAUUUUGUGUAGUUGAAUUCUUUGCACAUUUGAUUUUUCAUGAGUGAGAAAGAAUAUGAGGAAAAAGACUAGGAUAGGAAGUGAAGAAAUUCCUAGGAGUAGUUAUAAAUUUUGUCUUAGCUGCAAGGCUCUCUGGUAGCUUCCACUGACUAACCAAAUAUACGGAUUUGGCAUUGCAGUGUUCUAGCAAAUUCUACCACAUUCAUUAGUGUUAGUAGAAUUGAAUUAAUACUUUGAUUAAAAUGUAUGUGCUGUGUUGUUAAAUCUGGUGCAAAACGUGGUUAUCUUAGAAGUAGACUUAAGAUUAAAUAAGAUGGAUGACAGAAGUGGAGUUCAUAAAGGAAAAACCUCCAAGGAGGUGAGAAACUCUUAAACUCAAGUUAAAGGUAUGGGCAUUCAUCUUCCACUGAAGAGAUCAUUAGCCAGCAAUACUGAAAUGAUGUUCUUAAAAUAUGUGCAUCUCAGAAUUUGAACCAGUCUAGAUAACCAAUUGUAAACAGCAUUUCGUACCCAUUUCUUCACAUUUCCCUGGCCCCCAAAAAUCUUUGUGCUCUUUUAGAAGCAGUAAUUCAUGCAUGCCUGGUACUCUGGUCAAAAGAGCACCGGCCUAGUCAUUUUCAGACCUGAAUUAAUAGUUGGUUAAGUAGAUUGGAAUAACUAGUUCCUCCUUUAUUGUCCCCAUCUGCUGGUUGAUCAUGCUUUUACUGUAGUUUAUCAGUCAUCAUUUUUGAGGCAAGUGUGAGUUGUGUAUGUAGAAUCCAUUGAAUUACAGUUUCAAAUGAGGACUCUGGCAGAAAAAUAAGGUAAGCUACAAAGAAGUACCGCAGAAACAUCUGCUGCUGCUGACCAGCAGCACUCCAGGUGAGUGCAAUUGAAAUGUUUUCUAUUAUUUCACUAUAGAAAUAAAUUUUCUGUAUACAUGUAGAUUAAAAAUAAAAUGCUACCUCGGAGAAGGGUGCUGUAAUUCCUUCCUUCAUUCUUUCCAUUGUGAAAGUUAAAUGUGAUAUUAUAUGCCCAGUACCUGACACAUAACUUACGGUUGGUACAUAUUAUUCAGUCAACAAAUAUGUACCAAGCACCAAAAAGAGAACAGAAGCUACCCCGAAUCAGGUGGAUCUCAAGCAGUGAGGGCUGCAGGAGCACAACUUCCUGUGCUCCUCUGACCUAUGAGGGAUGUUAGGUAGGUAUAGAUUUCGUGAAAGAACACCAGGUAAAAAGAGUUCCUAUGACUCUGCCUUAACUGUUGCUUAACAGUGCCCUUAUAUUUCUUGAUACCCCCAUGUUAUUAGCCAAGACUGCCCAAAGAUAAAAGUAUGAUUUGGAAACAAAUCUAUGGCUUUCCUCCAUUAAAUCCCUUAGUUAAUAAGAAGAAAGUGCUUUUUAUAAGAUAUGGCUCCUGAUCUCAAGGAACUCUUGGCUGUUUCUACAGGCUGACCAGAAAAUUUACCAGCACGGUAGAGUGCUUCAGGGGUGGCACUUCAGCUGCCACUGGGAAAAACAAGGAAAGGGCUUCCGGGAGUGCUGGUGAAACUUGAACUGAGUCAUGAAAAGUAAAACCUAUCCAGGCAAAGAGGGGGCAGGGUGAUGAGAGCCAGGCUGACGGAAGCCAGGAGAGUGUUUCCGUGUGACUGCAGCCUAGAGUAUCCUUUGACCUGGAUAGAGGGGCACAAGAGCUUCCGUGUUUGUAAAAGAUGUUAAAAAAGAGUAAGAUGAUCACACUUGGGCUUUUGUAGCGUCAUUCUGGCAGCAAUAUGGAGGGUGGAUUAGAAGGGAACAGGACCAGGGUCAGUCAGAAGGCAGUUACAGUAGACCAGGCAGAGACUGAAGAGGGGCUGGACUAGGACAGUGGGAUGGAGAGUUGCAGACCUGUAUUAGUGAGAGAGAUUUGUGGAUAGAAUUGGAGAGCUUAGUAAGGAUAUGGAGCUUGGAGGGAGGUAAAGUCCAAGCUUUUCUUAUUUCUGGCUUGGAAAAUUGGGAAGAAAGGGUGCCAUUCACGGAGACUGAGAACUGAGGAGUAGGGGCAGAUUGAGGAGACUGCUUGGGGGCUUGUUGAUCCAGGAGAUGUUCAGCAGGCAGAUACACAUCUGGGUUUGGAGCUCAGGGAAGAUGCUGAGUAUCAGCAGCUUAUAAAUGUAGUUAAAACUGUGGAUUUGAAUGAGAGGCAACAUUCGUAUUGUGAAAAGAGAACUGAAGAGAAUUCAGGGAAACAUCAGUAGGUAAGGGGAGGUUGAAAAAGGGAAGCCUGAGAAGGAGGAAGGGUAAGAACACUUUCUAAGAAACAGAGGGGCCCCCAAAACCAAGGAAGAAGGAGCAGUGGAGGGCUGCAGAGAGGAUCUGGGGCAGGGCCCACGUUGACAUCAAAGAGUGAACUCCAGGAAGUCCGCUUUUCAGAGACAUAGAAUCAGAACUAGAUUUUGAGAAAUAAAUAUCAAAGAGCUCUACUGGCAUAUUUCUUAAUUUAGGAAGGGAGAUGUAUGUUCCAGAGACUUUGCUGCUCUGGGGGGAAAAAUUCUAAAUUUUUAUUUGCUGUUAUUAUGUACAAUGGUUACAUAAGAAUAGGGUAUUGCUGAAGUGAGCUUAUCAACAAAAAAGAGGAGUAUGCAAUGCUUUAAAUAUCAGUGGGUGGGGUGGGGUGGUGAGGAAACAACUCUGAGGGCAGCCAUUAUGGUCUGCAAAUUAUUUGGGCAGAGUUGGUUCAGAGCAUGGGCUCUGUAGUCCAGUAGGGCUGAGUUCCAAACCCAGCCCUUCACUGAUUAACUGAGUGGACACCUGGAACGUUGUUUUUUUUUUAACCUUUCUGAGUCUUAUAUCCCUCUUUUAGUAAAGGGGGGGGGGUCUUUUGAUAUUUACAUUAGUUAACACAUAGAACAUGUUAGGGGUACUCAGCAAAUGCUAACCUGCAUCACUCUAAUUAUCCUCUCUGAUCAUACCAAGUCAGGUACAGUGCUCCCCUCAUGAAUCUCCAAGUCACUGGAUGAUGUGCAUGAGUUUAACUUAGUUUCAUGUGCCUGUAAACCUUACUUUCGUUUAAAUACAGCGUAGCAACCCCCCAAAAAUUAGCUUAUGGAGGUAGAUCCAUGGAAAUGAAGUGGAUAAUGAUAACCCUUAAAUAUGGGGUAGAGUGAAACUAUCAUUACACACCACACAUGGGUCAAAUACUGCCCCUCAACAUUUGAACCACGACGAAAGGCUGAUGGUACUCACAUGGUUAGCCUGAAUUUAGAUAUUAGUGCUGUCACCGGACCACAGAUUUCCCUCUGUAUCCUAAUGUUUUUAUCACAUAGUUAAAAAAUAAUUCACACAUAAAGUGUAAUCAUGGAUCAUGCAUUUGUUUAAGAUAAAGAGGAAGAUAAAUCAUCUAAGGAAAAGGAGGGGGAAAAUAAUAGAGUAAAACUGAAAACAAGAAUAAAACUGUGAACCAGCAAGAUGUUCUGUACCCUGAGCACUACAUUCAUUUUUGCAGGCCACUUAUCAGAGUCAAACUGUAAUAUAUUUGGUGAUAAAAAUACAGGAUUAGGAAUGAAGUAAGGGACUGGCACACAGAAAGAAGGGAAAGUUUAGAGAUUAUAAAGUAGUGUCAUUAAGAAGUGAAGAAUUGGAAGUCACAACUGGCAGCCCAUGGGUGCAGUCUGGCCUGCAGACUUAUUUUGUUUGGUAUACAUAGUGAUUUUUUAAACAUUUGAAUGAGAUGCCAACAUUGAAAUACCAGGAGAUUUUACAUUGAAAAAAUAUUUUUCCGGGCUUCUCUUGGAAAACGUGAGGGCCUAGGAAUACCUUGCCCUGUGGCAACACUGGCCUGUAGCCCAGCUGAGGCCACCCCCCACUUCCCUGCCAUCCAGGGGCUGCUCCUGACAGGCGUCCGCCUUCUUCCCUCGCUUGCUCUAGCUACCGGGCACCUGGCAGAGAAUAAAGGGAUGUGUAUGAGAAGGUAGAGCAAAGAAGUGUACAUUUUAAGUGAACUAUUUUCUAUUGAUAAGAUCUGGGACGUGGCAAAAAGCAUCCAAGCUUCUUGUUUUUUGACAGUCCUCAGUGCAUACUUGGUAUUCUAUCUUUUUAUAGAAUGGCCUUUAUAAAAUCACUUAUAUUUAUAUACAAGUACUUAUUGUUUGCUCAUAUUAUUUUCUCUGUAAACAAUCUUUUUCAUCUUGAUACAAACCCUCCUAGGUAGGUGUUGCUCUAAUGUCAUUUUUCCAUUUUACAGAUAGACUGAAAUACAUUAAGUAGGUACCUUGCUCAGGCCAAGAGUAGUAGAGCAAGGCUUUGGAAAACAGUGUUUAGGUCUUUGUAUUUAGUGCCCUUCCCACUCUCCACUCCUGCCUCAGUGAUGUCUAGUGUAGUUAAAACUUGAACUUACAUGUUAGCUCUUCUUGUCCUAAAAACACAUAUCUUGAGAUUUUAAAAUAUACACUUUCCACCCGAUGACUUAGAUAUGAAGUUUUAUGCUCUAUUUAACUUGUUUGGAAAACAUUUUCUACCCAGUGUGACAUUGAGGCAUGUCAUGAAUCCAGAAUUGUAGCACAAAAUUUUACACUUUAUAGUCAACUUGAAAAAAAAUUCUUUUGACGUUAAUACAUAGACAAGUAUAUAUCUCAUACAUGUAUAGCUCAAUGUAUUUUCCACAAACUGAACACACCCGUAUAGUCAACAUCCAGAUCAAGGAAAAGCACAGUUCAGCUCCCUAGAAACUCCCCUUCAAUCCCCUGCCAGCCAUUUCCCAUCCGCCACCCCCUCCAGGGUGACCACUAGGCAGACUUCUGAUAGCAGCCUCUAGUUUUUAAAGCAUACAAUGUAAUUGUUUCUUAAGCAAACUGAAACCUCAUGGGAACAUUUGGUUUCUUGGUAUUUCCCAUAAGAAAUGUAAAAAGUGUUGCCCUGGGCCAGACCAAAGACUGCAGCUCCCCAUGCUGUGUCUGACCAAUGAAAUAAGGGUCCUUUGGUGGAAGCCAGGCCCAUUCACUUCUUCGCUGGGGUCCUAACACCAGAUGCACUUCCACUGACCACUCCAGAUUACCUCUUUACAUUAUAUGUGGUUCUGGUGACAAGAAUGUAUUUAAACUUUAUCCUUUCUUUUUAUAAAAUGACAGUAUUCUGCCAGUCUCUCCUAAAUUAUUUCAGUUUGAAGGUAAGUGCUGUAUGUGACUUAAAGUAGUUGUCCAGAUAUAUGUAGAUUAAUUUUAAAUGUGCUUAAUUAAGUGCAAAGUGUCAUGAUUGAUGAUGUGAUUUCUACUGCAGAUGCCAUUUUCUAAGAGCUUUCUCAAACUUUAGAAAGUGAUAUAGUUUAUUGUUGAUAUAGAUUUACAUGAAGUUAAUGAGUAAAAUUGUAGUUCAUUAUAAAAGAGAUGUUUUGCUUAUUUCUAAAAUAAGCUAGAACUCCAUGUUUCUUUUUAUAAUAGCAUGAUAUCCUAUGGUUACAUUAAUACCUUAGUAAACUAGCACAACUGGAAUUGACCCAGGUCCUAGAUUUGCCAAACUGUCCAAGUAAUGAGGACUUUGAUAGAAUACAGCUCACUGACCCUCCCUCUGGGAGAUAAGUGGGCAGAGUCUGAAAUUCUCUGUCUCGGGAGCUUUGUUCUUUCUAGUUGGCCUUCAUAUAUGUACAUUUAUGAAUACAUCUGUUUAUCAGGCCUAAGUCUUAAAUCUAGUAAUCUUGCUUCCCAUUCCCUUCCAAAGUAAAAUGAUCUCUGAUCAUUUUAGCUACCCAUAACGUGCAUUUGGCUAGCCAUGAUAUGUCACUUAGAGGGGAAAUCAUGCAGAAGAAAAAGAAAGCUUUAGAAGUUCUUGGUAAAUGGUAGCUACCUUGUUGUUAACCCUACCCAACCUAAACAUGUAGCACAUCCUUUAAUGUAACUCUCUACCCUGGUACCCUGUUCCCUUCUCCCACAUUCCCCUCCUGAGUGCACUGCCUCAUGACCUUGAUUAACCUAAGUUAAGCCCUCCCAGAGUAACUUCUGAAACUCUUUCUUAAAUCUCAAGGCUUCACUUGCAGAUUGCUUGUCCUCAGUGGGAAUGCUAUUAGGCCAUACCCUUAGUGCUGUUGGCCUGAGGAUGCCACUUAUAUGUUUUACUAAGGUGUGAAAUACAAACACGUUCUCUCCCUAGCCUGAACUCUCACAAUUUGUAUUUUUGCCAGAAAAAAAGGUGAGUUAAUUAUUAGAGACAUUCUUUUCAAACCACCCAGUAAAGAUUUUGUUGGGUGUCAGGCUUAUCCUUAGCCAAAUAGCCACUAGGAAGGUGACCAUGAGAAGCUAGUUACAGUGUUGAAGGGAUAUAAAGGGCAUAUAUGGUCUCAGGCAAAUAUGGUUACGGUGAACUUUGUAAAAACAUUCUUCAAGGGAGUGAAUGGCACAGAUUGCUUACUGUGUCACCUAUUUUAGGGGUCAUUUUGCCUUUAGUGAAGUACAUAAAUGAAAAGCAUAGGAAAAAAUAUCCAAUAAAGAGUCCAGUCUCUUAAUGACAAUAAAUAAGCAGUUUUCCACCCAAAAUAUGAAAUGGCAAAAAAAAAAAUCUCAGUA